UAUUAACACGCGCACCCCCUCAUAUUUGUUCAAAUUAGAUCGCGACCGGCAAGCGUAAUCACGAUCAGUAAUUAAGCAGGCGAUUGGCGUUCAACUAAACAACACGGCAUCGAAAUAAUAUGGAUUUAAAAAAUAAAAAUGUUAUAUAUGUGGGAGGUUUUGGCGGCAUCGGCUUCUGCUCUUGCAAAUGCCUCUUGGAGCAAGGGGUGGCCAAUUUAGGAAUUUUAGAUGUGUUUGAGGACAACGAAAAGAUUGGUACACUGCAGGCGCUGAACAAAGCUGCCAAUGUAUUCUAUAUUAAGAUAGACUUGACGGACGUGGAUAAUAUCGAGCAUGCCUUUACAGCAGCACACGACACUAUGGGACGAUUUGAUAUUGUGGUGAACGGUAGUGGUAUAAUGAAUGAGCAUGAAAUUGAGCGGACAAUAAAAAUUAAUUUGUUAGGUGUCAUUUACAGCACUUUUGCGGCUUUACGUCUAAUGGACAAAUCGAAAGGUGGUCAUGGCGGUGUGAUUGUGAAUAUUUCGUCAAUAGUUGGUUUGGAUGCUUAUGGGGCCUACGCUACUUAUACGGCAUCCAAAUAUGGUGUGAAUGGAUUUACAAGAGCGCUUUCGGAUCCUUAUUAUUAUAGUCAGACAGACGUUAGUUUCAUCACCAUAUGUCCGAGCACUACCGAAACAGCCAUGAUCGCAUCUCUCCGUAUGGAUGCGGUGACCACUUUUGACCGCAUGCCUCCUUUACCAAAGCUCCUGUGCAACAAUCAAAGUGCGGAAGAAUGUGCGCACAGUUUAGUUACUGCCAUUAAAACUGCUAAAAAUGGUUCGGUGUGGAUUUUGACUUCUGGUACUUUGAGGGAAUAUAAUUAUCCUGACAUUUAAGUAGAAAAUUGUAAAAGUACAUAAAUACAAUUUGUUUGGUUUCUAGUUAUUAGAAA